CAAAAAAAGGGGGGGGGGAGGAAGUCGGAUCCACGUGGUUUAAUCCGGAGCAAGACAGAGGUCCCAUUGUUCCAGAUCAAUAAAAAGAAGAAGAAGAAAGAAGAGAGGAGCAGACGGAAAGAAGGAAGGAAGGAAGGAGGGAUAAAAACAAAUAAAGGGACCCAAUUGCAAAGCCUCGAUUGCAACAAAAAAGGAAGGAAAUUAAGAGGAGGAUACGUUAUUGUUAUUGUUGUUAUUAUCUUUGCAAAGAGGAAGCUGCAACGGUUGCAAUUAUAUAUAGAUAUCUAUAUAUAUUGUUGCACAGAAGAGACGUUUGGAAAGGAAAGAAGGAGGAAAGAAGGAGGAAAGAAGGCGAGAACGAGUGAAAGUUCGGACGCGAAAGAUGCCGCGGCGGAAGACGACAUCAACGGAGGCCUCCUCCGCAGCGUGGGACAACGGGACGGGGGCCACCCGAAAGCGCCCCGCUUCGUCUCGGGGGGUGCCCCCCGCGGCCAAAAAGAGGGCGCCCCCCCGAGAUUUUGGGGGGAGCAGUAGUGGCAGCAAUAAUGGCGGCGGAGAUGGCAGCAGCGGAGACGAACGCGACGUUGGCGCGGCGUUGCCCCCCGCCAUGACGGCCGGAGGGGGCAAGAAGGGGUCCCGGUCUGGAGCGGGGGGACGGGGGGCUUUGUCCGACCAGAACCAGCCAAACCAGCAGCCCCAGGCGGCCAUAGUGGUCAAUGAGCCCGAACACAGCAAGGAGCGCAUUAAACUCGAAGGCUCCAAGUUCAAGGGACAGCUUUUGAUAUUCGGAGCGACCAACUGGGACUUGAUCGGACGGAAAGAAGUGCCUAAGCAGCAAGCCGCCUACCGCAACCUGGGCCAGAACUUGUGGGGACCCCACAGAUACGGCUGCCUUUUGGGGGUCCAGGUCCGGACGGUGGUUUCAGGGCCCUGCGCCGCUCACAGUCUCCUCAUCACCACCGAAGGGAAGCUCUGGAGCUGGGGGCGAAACGACAAAGGGCAGCUCGGACACGGAGACACCAAGCGAGUGGACGCCCCGAAGCCCAUUGAGAUGCUCAGUGGCGAAAUCAUCGUUUCGGCCGCCUGCGGACGCAACCAUACGCUCGCCCUGACGGAGAACGGUUCUGUGUUUGCCUUUGGAGAAAACAAGAUGGGCCAGCUGGGUCUCGGCAACCAGACGGACGCCAUCCCUAGCCCCACGCAGAUCAUGUACAAUGGUCAGCCGAUUACCAAGAUGGCGUGCGGCGCCGAAUUCAGCAUGGUCAUGGACUGCAAGGGGAACCUCUACUCAUUUGGGUGUCCGGAGUAUGGCCAGUUAGGGCACAAUUCGGACGGGAAGUUCAUUGCCCGCGCACAGAGGAUAGAGUACGACUGCGAGCUGGUUCCCCGCCGCGUCGCCAUCUUCAUAGAGAAGACGAAAGACGGCCAGAUCCUUCCCGUCCCAAACGUCGUCGUGAGAGACGUGGCCUGUGGCACCAACCACACGCUUGUUUUGGACUCCCAGAAACGCGUCUUCUCCUGGGGUUUCGGUGGCUACGGCCGACUCGGACACGCUGAGCAAAGAGACGAAAUGGUGCCUCGGCUGGUGAAGCUUUUCGAUUUCCCCGGACGCGGCGCCGCGCAGAUCUAUGCUGGUUACACCUGCUCCUUUGCGGUCAGCGAAACGGGUGGGCUUUUCUUCUGGGGGGCGACAAACACCUCGCGAGAGUCGACAAUGUACCCCAAAACGGUGCAGGACCUUUGCGGGUGGAAGAUCCGAAGCUUGGCUUGUGGGAAAAGCAGCAUUAUCGUGGCUGCGGAUGAGAGCACCAUCAGCUGGGGACCCUCUCCGACUUUUGGAGAACUGGGAUACGGAGACCACAAACCCAAGUCCUCGACAGCGGCUCAAGAAGUAAAGACCCUGGAUGGGAUUUACACAGAGCAGGUGGCCAUGGGUUACGCGCAUUCGCUGGUGAUCGCCCGUGACGAGAGCGAAGCCGAGAAGGAGAAGCUGAAGAAGCUGCCAGAGUACAACCCACGCACGCUCUGACGCAAGGCGCCACCGACGCCAAUGCCACAUCCGGCCUGGGCCUGUCCUCCUUUCCUUUCCUUCCCGCGAGGCAGCUGCCUCUUCCGAUUGUGCACUGGGAUGCCGAGACGCACGCAAAAAGAGAUUAUGCGUGGACAACGUCGACUUUUUGUUAGAUAACCCGAGGUUUUCGUGUUUUGUUUUGUUCUUUUUAUAAGCAAGUCCCGCAUUUUGACUGCGACUUUUUCUGACCCACUUCGCGCUCGCCUUUGCGCUUUCCUUAGGAUGGCUUGCCGCUUGUAUUUUGUGUUUUGUUUUGUUUAGCAGGGAUUGGGAUGUAGCGGAGGAGGAGGAGGAACAACCCAAUUUUCCUUAUUCCUUUAUUCCUUGUCUUUGGGGAAACUGUUUUGACGGAAACGGUGGGACCUUUUCUCCGACGCUUUUGUUUCUGCAGCGGACCAGUGUUUCUUUUCCGGCCGCGGCGGAUGCCUCCUUCACGGAACGGCCCCAAAUGUAUACUUUUUGCCUUCUUCUUUACGAAAACAGGAUGCAAUGUAAUGUUUUUAGUUCUGGACAUUUUUGGCAUCUCCUCCUGGAGCCAAAUCCUCUUCUGUUUGCUUUUCUUGGCAUAUCUCAGCCCAAAGUCCAUCAGGGCAAUGUUCCCCUAUUAACUCCGUGGCAUUUUAAGCCUUGCUCACGGUUUCUUUUUCUCAACGUUUUCUCCGCGGCGGGUGUCCCGACCUUAGUUUUGCGCAUAGGGCGCUAUUGUACCUUUAACGCGGCAUUUUGAUUUUUCCUCCUGUCGCAUCCCGCGCAAGGGAUGCCCAGAAUUGUCCUUCGGUUUGUGUUAAGUGUCGGGUUCGGGUCUGCCACACGAGGGCAGCAAACCUCCUCCAAGUUUACAACUUGGAGAAAACAACAAGAAGUCCGAUCCUUUAAGAUGGAGACAGGGCUGCCUUCUCUUUUUAUGGGGAGGUGGAAAAUUCAUCCUAAUCCAGAUUGCCCUCUUUCUCUCUAGAAGAAAGGCAUAGAAGUCUUUGCAGCAGCCUCUGUUUGGAGAGUUGCAAAAGUUGUUCCAGAAGUUUCCAUCCCCGGCACUGAGGACCCAGACAAGAUUACUAGUUUUUAUUGUUAUUAUUAUUAAAGAAUAGUUUUCUGGCUUUGCCAUAAAGGUGUAUAGUCUUUCCCCAAGGAGGCAGGCUUGCAUUUACUUCUGCCAUGAGCUGCCAACUGUUUCUGUCUCUUCUGUGUUUGGCUGGAGAACUUUGGUGCCUUGGGAACAGAACGCACUGCUCUGUAUCAACCUAAAAACCCCAUUUUUGUUUUAAUUUUUAAAGCUGGGUUUCCCCUUCCUAGCUCUCUUCCCUUUUCCCUAGGAUAGCAUUGCUAUCUGGUUACGUUUUGGGGAUCUCCGGAGGAAAAACCCUGGUUUGUUAUUUUAUACCGACGGGGCCGAAACCCUCGAAAGGACUUGGUUACCCUCAAAAGGGGCGAAAGGUGCUGUAUAUAUAUAUAUUGCUUUUGCUCUCUCUUUUCCUUAAGUCUGGGUCAAGGUGAAGUUUGCUUUGUCCUUAUGUUCUUGUUGUCCCUUUAGGCAAAUACCUGUCUCCUUAUGGCCAUAGUUUCUGAAAGUUUGUCUCCCUCCGACGGCAACAACAACAAAACCAGAUCCUUCCCCCCCCCCCCUUUUGCCAAUCCAUUCCAAACCUGGGCAUCUGAAGAAGGAGAAGAAGAAGACACCUAACUUUUGGAACAUAACUUUUGGAUAACGUAUUUGCUGAUAAAAGGACAAAGAGGUCAGUUCGAUCUCCGCCAAAUAAAGGCCAGUGUUGCAUUUGGGUUUUUGGAGCCAAGAGGCUUUGCUUUGGAGACGCUUCUGCCAAUGUUCUGCAAACCUCUUUCCUUCCGUCGCUUCGUCCCUUUUUUCGCAUUGAGAGAGAAGGGGAAAGAUGUGCGUUUUGGGUCUCUGCAAAAUGGUCUUCUCAUGCCCUUCCCUUUCUCCCCCCCUUCUUCUUCUUUUUUUAUACUUCUCUAAAUAAAAGGUUUAAAUAAACGAUGGGAUUGUCUAGA